AUGAAAAUUGGGAACCCAACGUCCUCUCCUCCCCCUUCUCUGGUCGUCCCAACGAAGGAAGACGACUCCCCGACCUGCACGACAACAGCAGCAGGGCCCACGGGACGCGCGGGACCCCUGGGCCAAGUGCGGGGCGACCUCACGUGCACGAACAGCACGUGCAUCUGCCCCGAGUACGUGGCCGGUGCUUUCGCCGUGAGACUGUCCGACUGCACCUACAGUGAAACCGGCAACAGGUGUGACUGCGAAUUCUUCAACUUCACUUUGCUACUGCUGUAUGGCUUGGCUGUAUUUCUGGUCCUGCUGCUGAUCGUCUUGAUAAGACUUCUCGUAAGAUACUGCUCCAGAACAACCGUGGUGACCUCGCCAGCAGAAUCUUACUCAACCAAGAAUCAGGCCACAACACAACGCAAUCACGUGACUCGUCCUUCAACAGCAAGUCAAGGCAACCAGUCAUAUGGCCCCCAAACCGAGAUCCCAGGCCAAAUAGCCAUCACAGCCGAGGAACUUCCCUCCCCCGACUUCUACUACCCUCCUUCCCACGUGAAUCGCCGCGCCUCCCUCCCGAAACUGGUCUCGUCCUUGGAGCCGCAAGCACCUGAAGAAGUCACGAGUCCCACAAGCCCCAUGCGCCCUUCAACGGCAGGUCCUCGCAGUGUCUCCUUGGCGCCGCCCAUGUUCCCGGGAGACUACAGAUUCAGCCCUGUGGAAACCGUGCCUCGGAGACCCCACGUGCUGCCGCCGCUAAGGACUUCCACUCGGCCGCCCAAGCUGUCAGACAUUCCUUGA